AAAUCAUACCUGUGCGCGUACAGAGCGAUGGGGCAGCCAUGAGACGCCUCGCGCUGCUGGUCGCCGCGCUCUGCGGCGGCGGCGCGGACCUCGACGCGCCUAUGCCCAUGCUCAAAGUCACGCUGCACCACGGCGCGGCCGAUAAACGCUACGCGCCGCCCGACGCUCAUGAAUCGCUGGCGCGCAUCGAGUUCUGUGCCUACUGCGAGGACCCGCACACCGAGGGCAGCCUCGCGCGCGGGCUUACUGCUCUGCAGGGCGCGCGCGACUACAAGAUCACGUCGAAAUUAGUUUAUGCGUUACCGAACGACGCCUCUACAAAACCGAUGAACGCCGACGAAUUGACGGGGAACGUGGCCUUGGUGCACCGGAGCGCGACGCCGCUCGUCCAGAAGAUCCUGCACGCGCAAGAAGCCGGCGCCGUCGGCGUCGUCCUCGUCGACGACGGGCGCUGCGAGUCCGAUCUAAACUGCGGCCGCAUCGGCUCGGCGCGGUUGGGCGGCUUCGCGCCGCGCGACGACCCCUCGUCGUGGCGCCUCGUGAAGAUCCCGUCCGUGCUCGUGUCGCAGGAGACGGGCAAGCGCAUCCGCCGGCUGAUGCCUUUGGAGCACUUCGAGGUGCCCAAGCUCGGGACGCAGUGGGUCUCGCCGCGCUCGGCCGCAUCCCACAAGCGGCGGCGCGGGGCGCGGCCGCCGGCGCGGCCGCCCGAGCCGACGCGGCCGGCGCGGCGGCGGCGGCGGCAGCGUGAGGAGUUGUAG